UUUGAUUAUAACACGAAGACAUUUAACUAUUUUUUAAAGAUGACAACACCUUCACAACCUAUUUGGUACAAUCCAAUAGCUCCUCCACCACCACCUUUUUAUUAUACAGCAACAAAUAAUCAACAAAACUCGAAUAAUUAUUUUCCACAAAUGUUAGACUUUAAAUCAUUCAAACAAGCAGUUAAAGAAUCAGAACGUUUUGAAAAGAAACAACAAAAACUUUUAUUAGCCCAAAUGGGUGAGGACAGAAUUGGGGAUACUUGUUGUGAAUUUUGUUGUGGUGGUUCUGCAUUAAUUCUUUGGCUAGUAAUUUCUUUAGUUUCUUUAGGGUUUCUUGGAUUUUUAUUGAUGGUUAUUUAUUUUAUUUGAUAUUUU